AUGCCUAAGCCAGAGCCGCAGCUUCCCCUGGGCAGCUCUUCGACCCUACGCGGUUUUGCCGAAAGCUUCUCGUUCCACAACUCGCCAGAGUCAUUCAUUACAUCGCGCAUCAUCGCUUUCCAGAAACAGCACCCAGAGGCUGUCGAGAAUAGAGCUAUCGUUCGGGCAAAGGUGCUAAAUCGCAAUGUCGCAAUUGUCUCUUCGCAUGCGCAGGUUCACCAAGUCCUGGCCCAGGACGCGGCAGGUUACGAAGCCAGUGGCGCAUAUGCUGAGCUAAUGGCACCGUUUUUCCCGUCACCAAACUUGUUACUGACGGAUGGUGACGAACAUGCAUCUAUGCGUCAGACAUGGGAAGCGAGGAUGGAGUCUCUCAAGGCGGUGCUGGCUCCUGCAGUAUCUGAGCGGGUCGAUCAACAUUUUUCUGAGCCGUCAACGUCGGAGACAGACAUGUAUGAGUCUCUGAAAAGGCUUUCAUGGAAGAUACUGCUCGGGACAUUUCUGGGUCUCGAUCGAGACAACGGUCUCUUUGAUACGAUGGAGAGUCUCCAGGAAGACCUGCUUCGAGGCCAGUUCUCGCUGUUCCCAGUCACGGUCAACACGGGCUUCUGGCAUUCGCCUCGCAAAAAGGGCAAGGAGGCGAACAAGAAGCUACAAGACAGGAUAUCGCGUCAUUUAGAGGAAGAAACUAGUACCUGUCCAUUCGCUAUCGCGAACCAAAGAGAAAGAGAGGACGUAGCAAAGCACUCAGUCCUCUUUACCAGCAGCCUCGCGGUCAAAGCGCUAGCAUCCCUGUUGACAGCCUUCCUGUUGAACCUUUUCUUGUAUCGAACGAAUGAAGGUCGAUCGCUGGCCGAUACUUUGGCCGGUGAAACUGAACCAGGGAGGCUUUCGCUACGCUUACGCGCCAUACUAUUGGAAACUGAACGACUUAGCCCGCCCAUUGUGGGUGUCAUGAGACGAUCAACAAGAGACAAUAUCGUCUCGUCGCCGGGAGAGCAGGCUGACAUCAGAAUACCAAAGGGCUGGGACUGUUGGCUGUACUUCGUGGGCGGUGGCCGCGAUCCAUUGACUUACGGGUCGACUUGGGAUGUGUUCGAUCCAGAUCGAUAUCUUGACAAGAACCUGCCGCCCGGUGUAGCCUACGGAGCGGGUCCAAAGACUUGUUUGGGUCGCGAUGCAAUCCGCGAGAUCUCUCUAGCUGUAGCAGAGACGUUUUUGCGCCUCGGAAUUCAGAUUGGUGGGAAUGUUGAGCCGCGUGGGGUGCGCGGUUGGUUGGGGUGGGAACCAAACGAUUCGGUGAUGCCUGAGGAUUGGGCUCGAGAUAUGAAGCAGUUGCCCACUCAGAGACCAUCAGACCCGAUUAUGAUACGUGUGUCGCGUAGCUCUUCAUAG